GCAGUAGUAGUGCGGGUAUAACAUAAGAAGGAAUAUCAAUAUAUUCACAUCGCCGACCCCUCGAUUUCUUUCUCGCCCGUAAAUGAACCACUUCGCAGUCCGUGCUUUUACCUCCCUGCGACGUUCCGUUACAGCUGCCUCUUCUCACAGAAGUUUUCACGCGACCUCCUCAAACAUGGUUAUCUCGGUAGGUGAUAAACUCCCAUCAGUUGACCUGUACGAAGACACACCUACAAAUAAAGUAAAUUUGGCUGAAUUAUCUGCAGAUAAGAAAAUUAUCAUAUUUGCUGUGCCUGGUGCUUUUACUCCCGGAUGUUCUAAGACUCACUUACCAGGAUAUGUUCAAAAAGCUGAUGAGUUAAAGUGUAAAGGUUACAAUGAUAUUGUCUGUGUUAGCAUUAACGACCCAUUUGUCAUGUCAGCCUGGGGUAAAGAUCAAAAUGCUGAAGGAAAGGUUCGAAUGUUGGCUGACCCUACUGGAGCGUUUACAGAUGCAGUAGAUCUUGCUGUAGAUUUGCCUGUACUUGGAGGUAAACGUAGCAAACGUUACUCAAUGAUUGUUGAAAAUGGAAAAGUCACUGAAUUAAAUGUUGAGCCAGACAACACUGGAUUAAGUUGUUCCUUGGCAGACAAAAUUAAGUAAAGGAUAAAAAGUUUUAUAAAAUUGAUUAAUAAUGUUUCAAAUAUUUAUUUUUUAAGUAAUGCGUGGGAUACAUGCACCCAAUACUGUUUUGUAUCAAAUUUUUGAAAAAAUGUUUCUCAUUUCAUCUAGAUGUAUAGAAAUUUCAGUACAUUUUUUGCAUUUAUGUUGAAGUAAAGUCACAAAGUUACCAGUAAACCUAACUGCUGUAGACAAUUUGUUGUACACAUGACACUUGAUAUGUUACAUUAUUUUAAUGCAAAUAACAGAAUACUUCAAUGGCAUUGAAAUAAAACGGUUGUUUUUCAUUAAAA